UGAACCUCCAAGAGCUCCAAAAAGUCAAUCGUGAGACAUCACCAAAUUCCCAAUGGCGCUUCCGGCAGAUCUUGCGGCACGCUCAGCGCUGUCGAGAGUGUGUUCACACUGCUCAGUCUCUUUCAGGAGACAAGCCGGAGCCAGGUUACCCAAUGGCCUUUUUCAGGCCUCACAACGACAGCAGCAACAACGCUCCGUCCAUAGCAAAUGCCCCCCUCCACGAGCUGCCGUCGAUAGCAAUGUCCCCAAGCCUGCUCCAACCUCCGUUACGAAGCGCUUCUCUUCUGGCUUUGCCUUUGGAUCCAGUGCGCCCGCACCCACCAAGACCGAGAAGAAAAGAGUUCUGGAAGCCGAUGACCUCUUCCACUCGUUCACCAACUCUCCCAUUCCCGAGAUCCGGAAAAGAGCGGCUUUCAUGAGGCAGUAUGCCCGCUGCAACCACCCCGACCACCAGCCCCAUGGGAAUCUGGCACCUGCCCAUGUCGACUUCGAAUGUCCUGACUGUGGUAUUCCAGUGUCCUGCUCCAAGGAGCACUGGGCUGACGACUAUGAGAAGCACCUGGAAAUAUGCGAUACACUGAGGCAAAUCAACGAGGACGACCACGAUCUGCGGUCCGGCCGCUUUUUCCCCGAGUUCGAAUAUGCUGGGCCACAAAUAGACGAAGCUCUAAUCAACAUGACCAACUGGGAUACCUUUUUAUAUACCCGCUCCUUCCUCGCCAUUGAUGAUGAUAGGAGCAUGAGACAGGCCACGAGGUUACUCACUUAUCCCGUCACGAUUGCCAGCGUGCUUCAUGAGCUUAGUCCAUACAAUCUCAAAUCUGGAGGAAGGCUGACUGCAGAGGGUCUGAAGAGCUUCAGCGCUCUUCGAUACACUCUUCACCCACCUAAAAACGGCGGUGGCAUGGACAUCAAGGGCCUUCGGGUAGAGGCCCCACCUGUUCGUCUGUUCAUUCUCGGUGCCCGGGCCGAGUCGUCUCUUCCUCGAGAUGUUUGGGUGCAACUCGCACAUGUGUUCCCGGGCUCCCGCAUUCACCUGAUCUUUAUUGGCCCUGAGAGCAUGACGAACCGAGACAACGAGUUCCCGCUGCCCCCUCGGACUGCCACCAACCCCUUCGGUGCCAUCGUCGAGGACCGAGUCUGGCCUACCAUGAAGAUCAGCACCAUCGUGGACUACUACCACACCCUCCACAAGACCGGUCACUUCUACCCUUACGACCCCUACUUUGACUGCUUCGUCAUGUUUCACCCCGGUCUGGGUCACCCAGCAAGCUCCCAUGAGUGGGUAGAGACGCUUCCCAUGCUUCUGGAAACCAAGGCCCCCAUCAUUGUCACUGGCUACACGCAGGAGGAUAUGGAGCGCGAUGUUGCGUGGGUCAACAAGACAGCUCAUGGUGAAUUCGACAUGCUUUUGGAGCCUGGUGAGAACCGGUUCCGCAGUCUUCGGUGGGAUUUGAACGAUCUUGAUCCCCAGGACGUCAGUGCCGGCAACUGGGGCGUCUGGGCAUUCAGAGGCAAGAGAUAUGAAACCACCCGCAAAGAUUCCGAAUAA